AUGAAAAGAUAUUCGUCGGCUCCGUGUUUGGCAGAUGGAAACAACGAUAGCAAGAAGGCCAAACCGAUGAAGGUAAAUUCCAUGAUACUUAAGAGCGUGUAUACUCAUGUGGUGUUUAUACAGGAGCCGAAUGCCAGAGAGUAUCUGCAGUUGGCGCUGGCCAGAAUCUUGGAACUGCAACGAGAGAUCAAAGAAGGAACGUACACAACGGACCAUACCAGCGAUCUCGGUGAGUCCAGCAGCGAAGAAGACCUGACAAAUGAAGUUCUUCGCAAAGUGUUCGAGGAUCUUCCUGGGACACCCGAUUCCGUUGGAACAAUCAUGAACAGAGUGACUAACAGCAAAUUAAAUAAGCCUCAAUUAGACGCGAUUCACGGUAAAAGGAUUCAGCUGCUGGGUUAUGACACCUGUCGCAGAGCUACAGUGGGCUUCAUGAAGAAUGUUGUUCGCGAGACGAAAUGGGAAGUAAACUCGAAGUCGUCUCAAUCGAAUUACUCUGGCUUUCGAUUGGGGAUUUAUUCGAGAAACGAGCCGAGAGUGGCGCAUUGUAGAACUGGUUUACGCAAAAAUACGUCGUCUCACGACCAGGAAAUUCAAGACAGAAUGCUGAGAAGCUUGGACUUGCAUUUAGCGAGUAAACAAAGAGAUUAUACUGCCAAAUUGAUGAGGUCGGGCAUUUAAAAUGGAUACUGUCGUAGUUUUAUUGAUUCUCGUCGUUUCUCAUUGAAA